AUGGGAAGACCACAAGAGGAAAAAGGAGGAUGGGAAGAAGCAGUUUCAAAGCUUCAAGAACAAAGUGACCGGACCGACGCAACCAUUAAGAAUAUUGAAAAUCAGAUUGGGCAGUUAGCAAAAAUCCUAACAGAAAGGCAACCGGGCACAUGGCCAAGCAAUACAGAAGUUAACCCAAAUGAGCAAGUAAAUGCAAUCACAACAAAGAGUGGGGUGCCACUACCAGAAAUUCAUGUUAAAAGGCCAGGUGUGGUAAAAGAAAAUGGUAUUGUUCAAGAGACAACGAAUCAACUUGAAAUGCCUGAAGUAGUAGCUAAACAAGAGAAGGUAAUUCCACUGCCAGUUAAGCCAUAUGUUCCUCCAAUUCCAUUCCCUCAGAGGUUGCGCAAACACAAACUGGAUAAGCAAUUUGAGAAGUUCCUCGAGAUAUUCAAGAAGCUUCACAUAAAUGUCCCAUUUGUUGAUGCCUUAGCUCAAAUGCCCAGUUAUGCGAAAUUUAUGAAGGAAAUUUUAUCAAAUAAGAGGAAGUUGGAGGAGCAUGAAACUGUUAUGCUAACGGAGGAGAGCAACGCUAUAUUGAAAAACAAACUACCACCGAAACUUAAAGAUCCAGGGAGUUUUAUUAUUCCUUGUACUAUUGGUACAUUUUUGGAAGUGAUAAUGUAG